UCCAGAGUCUCCGCCAGGUGUCUACCUCUACCUUGGAUACAGUAGGAUAGAUGCUGAAAUACUUAAACAAGGGAGGAUGAAGUUAAAUGAUGAGGUCCCUUUAACGGAUGAUGAGGAAGAGAAUGAAGUUAAGAAUACAAUCCAACAAACAGUUUCACACUUUACCUCAAACACAAACAAGAGUGACUGUAGGAUUCGUUUAGAAGGAAGGAUUGGAGAGAACUACAUUCUUAAGGCAACCCUGGAUGAGUUUGAUGAGUUUAGAAUGAAAAAGAAUAUGUCCGACUACAUGAAGUACAAGGAAAAGGAUGAAUGUUAUGAGGCCCUGGAAAGUAUAGCUAGCAAAGUUAAUGCUAGAGACGCAGAUAUGCGAUCACACAUUAUUCUCUCAAUGUUUAAGGUUGCCGAAGGAGAAGCAAAUACACCUGAUCCUCCUCCGAGCUCUAGUUCUUCUAUUCAUUCUUCUAUUCAACCAUUCAUUUCAUCCCUUAUAGCUCUAUUCAUCCUUCAUAGGAUUACUGAAUUGUGAUAUUGAAGAC